UAUCGGUUCACCGAACGAUUUCUACAUAACAUAGAUGAGUUAGCUUAUUUUGCGUUUGAACCCUUGGGUGACUGUCUUAAGCUUAGUGGGAUUGUCCUGUUGGCUAGAACAAUCAUUCUGGUUGGUUCUGAGUUUUGUCAAUAUGCUUUGUGGUUUUCUUAUGGAUCUUCCAUCCAUGACUUCAUAUUGCCUCGAAGCUGUGGUUCUAUCAAUGAAUAAGGCCAGGAAGCUCGUUCAUCCUAAACAUUCUUGUUUUGUGUGCUCAGUUUUCUCCACAUAAAAUUAGCUGGUCCACCAAGGCAGCUUGUUCAAAUUUUACAGUUUCUAUUAGAUUGUCUACCAUAAAUGUCAAAUAGCCUUACUAAGUGUCAUACUAUCUGCAAAUAAAGAAAGAGCUUUUUUUUGUUCCACAAGAAAUAUGGAAAGGUACAAGUUAAUCAAGGAAGUUGGUGAUGGAACAUUUGGGAGUGUGUGGAGAGCAAUUAAUAAGCAAUCUGGUGAAGUUGUGGCAAUUAAAAAGAUGAAGAAGAAAUAUUACUCAUGGGAAGAGUGUGUGAAUUUGAGAGAAGUGAAGUCACUGCGGAAAAUGAAUCAUCUGAAUAUUGUGAAGCUCAAAGAAGUAAUCCGGGAAAAUGACAUUUUAUAUUUUGUUUUUGAGUACAUGGAAUGCAACCUUUAUCAACUUAUUAAAGACAGGGAAAAGCUAUUUUCAGAAGCUGAAGUGAGGAAUUGGUGUUUUCAAGUAUUUCAAGGUCUUGCUUACAUGCACCAGCGGGGGUAUUUUCAUCGUGACCUUAAGCCAGAGAAUUUGUUGGUCUCAAAAUCCAUAAUUAAAAUUGCUGAUUUUGGUCUUGCACGAGAAGUCAAUUCACUCCCCCCAUUUACGGAGUAUGUCUCCACACGGUGGUAUAGAGCACCUGAAGUGUUGCUUCAGUCAUACCUGUACAGUUCUAAAGUUGAUAUGUGGGCAAUGGGUGCCAUCAUGGCUGAGUUAUUCACCCUUCGACCGCUUUUUCCUGGUACCAGUGAAGCAGAUGAGAUCUACAAAAUAUGCAGUGUGAUAGGCAGUCCAACAACUGACACUUGGGCUGAUGGGCUUAAUCUUGCAAGGGCUAUUAACUACCAAUUUCCACAGUUUGCUGGUGUUCACCUUCCCACACUUAUCCCAUCAGUAAGCGAGGAUGCAAUCAACCUUAUCAAGUCGCUUUGCUCCUGGGAUCCUUGCGCGAGGCCAUCAGCUGCAGAUGCUCUACAACAUCCCUUCUUUCAGAGUUGUUUCUAUGUUCCUCCAUCCCUGCGCCCCAGAGCAGCCAUCACAAGAACACCUACAUCUGCUGGAACAAAGGGAGGAUUGGAGCAACAAUGUGCGAGGAGUUUACCAGGGGCUUUGUCCAAUUCUAAGCUUACUAACAGUUUUCCUUCUCCAAAGUUACAUGCUUCUUUGAGUACAGGGGUACAACGCAAGCUGGAUAUGGUUAACCAGGAUUCACGUAAGCCUGACAAGUCCUUGAAGAGCUCUACAAAACCAAGAUAUCAACCACCAGGGAGGAAAAGCCCAACAUUUAUGAGCAAAGGGAGAGUUGCACGUGGAGUAUCAGAAACAGCUGAUAAGCUUGCAAGCAUGACAAUUGCCUCUCGUCGGCAGUCUCUGGGACAGCCCAAGCCACCUCCUAUGAAGGCUGGAGUACAGUGGACUGGAGAAUCUGGUGGGAUGUUUCUUAGGCCAACCCAACAGUUCCAACAUGGCAGAAACUAUCCAAGGAAGGUUGUGGGAUGAAAAGGAAAGGCUCUUUUCAGAGAUUAUACUGUUAUUUCGUGAUAUGCUAUUAAGAAAGUUCAUAGUUAUAUGAGUGAUAUAUAUAUUGUGGUGCGUGUCUCCAAGCAAAACCUACCUGCAUAAGAGGGGUGCUGCUCAUGUUGUGUUCUGACCUUCGUUUGUUUGCCGUUAUUUUGAUGACACGUAUUGACAUUGAUACUAUUAUUAAUAAAUAAAUGGCGUCUUCGCCUGUAUGAGGAAUGAGUUUGAUUUG